UUAAUCGUUAUGGAAUAAUUAUUACUUAUCUUAUUAUUAAUUAUAAAACAAAUUUAUCCGAAAUAAAAAUUAAAAAAAUUAUAAUAAUAAUAAUUUAUUCGCGCGUUCCGAAUGUUAAUAAAUUAUUUAGGUACCUACAAGAUAACUGACGUGCCCUGGACGUACUUACAUACAAGAAGUGAAAGUCUUUGGUAGCAUUGACCAGUCGGUUGACUCAGUACGAAAGUAUUCUACACAACACUCGUAUUUAUAUACCAAAGAACUUUUAAUCUAUACAGGUCUAAACUCAUUAAAUGCAUUUUUGAAAGUUUUUGAUUGAAAUUAAAUAUGGAUUCUUUUAUAGUUGUUUUCAAGUCAUUUUUAAUAAUUAGUGCAUUGUUUAUUAUACAAUCUAAAGGUUUACAAAGAUGUUUAAUGUGCAGAUCAAGAGGCGAAUUGGGAAGCUGUAAAGAUCCGUUUACAGCGAACAUUACUCUAAUAGAAAAUAAACUAGAAAUUGGGAUAGAGACAGUACCGUGUGCGUCUGGAUGGUGUGGUAAAAUCGUUGAAAGCGAAGAUGCUGCCAAAGAAGAAUACGGAGUAGCUACUCAAAGAAUUUGUUUGCAAAGGGGACCAUCGGACAGCGAGGAUAGAUGCGCUUACACCAAAUGGAACUACAAAAAGGUUUUAAUGUGUUUCUGUAAAGGCGAUUUGUGUAAUCAUUCAAGUAAAAUGGAGAAAAAUUGGAUAUUGAUUGGACUACCACUUAUUGUAGCUUUAUUAAGACUGACA